CCCAAUUUGUGGUAAGUUGCGCGUCAACAUGUGCCGCGUCGCGUGAACUGUGACUUGUGUUCCUCCCACCAUCAUGUAUCACCUCUUAAAAGGCUUACACGAGUACUUGACGAGGAAAGAAGAAUUUUCAGUCAUCAUCAUUGGCCUUGAUGGAGCUGGCAAAACUACGCUUCUGGAGAAGAUAAAGACCCUAUAUAACGAGACUCCUGGGCUUGACCCGUCCAAGAUAGGCCCGACUGUGGGGCAAAACACGGGCAAAAUAUCCCUCCCAUCAAGUAUCCUGAAUUUCUUCGAUCUCGGAGGACAACGCGGCAUCCGGUCCAUCUGGCACAGAUACUACGACGACUGUCACGCCGUAGCGUAUGUUAUUGAUGCGCAAGACCGAGAGAGGCUUAGUGAGGGCUGGGAAGUCUUUGACACAGUCCUCUCCUCCCCCCAAACGCUCAACAUCCCCCUCCUCCUCCUCGCAAACAAACAAGAUUCCCCCUCAAGCCUCAGCGUGUCAGAGAUAAGGCAGGAUUAUGAAGGUUGGGAUCAGAGGAGGAGGGAGAGCGCGAGGAGGAGGUUUGGGGAGGAUGAGGAUGCGGAAAUGGAGAGGAAACGGGAGAGGAUCGCUAGUUUAGAUGUUUUGGGUGUUUCGGGACUCGAUGGGUGAGUGCGGUUUUGUUUUUGCGUGUGAUUUCGUUUUUUGGAAUGCGUUUUGCGUGUGUUCGGGCUGGCUGACGGGGCUGGGCUUUUAGGGCUGGCGUUCGUGAGGCUGUG